CAUGAUAAUUUAAGUAGUGAGGUGAAGCCUGGUAAUGAACUUCAAAAUGAUGACUUAAAUGCCUCUGGUAAUUAUGUGCAAUAUCAAGAGGGUCAAGGUUAUGAUGCAUCUUUAGAAAGCCACACAAACCGGCAAGGUGAUGGCUUAAAUACUUCAGUUAAUAAUGAACAAAAUGAAAAAGGUCAAGCUUAUGUUGCAUCUUCAGAAGAACACGCAAAUGGACAAGAUCUGAGUAGUAGUCAGUAUUGGGAGGAUCUUUAUCCUGGCUGGAAGUAUGAUUACAACACUGGGCAAUGGUAUCAAGAAGAUGGCUAUGGUGUAACAGCCACUACUCAGCAAAGCUCUGAAGCCAAUGCAGCGGGGCAUUGGACAGCCCAUUCUGAUGGGAAAACAGAGAUCUCUUACAUGCAGCAAACUGCACAAUCUUUUGCUGGAACAUUAGCUGAAACUGGCACAACUGAAAAUGUGUCUAGUUGGAGUCAGGUUUCACAAGGGAAUAAUGGGUAUCCGGAGCAUAUGGUUUUUGAUCCUCAGUAUCCUGGUUGGUAUUAUGACACAAUUGCCCAAGAAUGGCGUUCAGUGGAAACUUACAAUUCAACCAACCAGUCUUCUGUUCAUGUACUUGAAAAUGGGCAUGCUUCUACCAGUACUUUCUCAUCCAAUGAUAAUAGUUUGUAUAAUGAGUAUAGCCAAGCUGAUAAUUAUGGACCACCGGGUGUUGAUAAUCAGGCUGUAGAUGGCAGCUGGGGUGGUUUGUAUGACGCUAACCAUCGGCAGGGUUUUGAUAUCUACACAACUGGUACUGCUACUAAAAGACGGGAUAAUAUAACUUCUGCUGGUAACCAACAAGUUAAUCAUUCUUAUGGUUCAAGUAUUUCUGUGAACAAAGAUCUACAAAAUUCUUCUACUUCCUUUGGAUCAGUUGUUUGCAAUAAAGUAAACCAUGAUCAUGGUUUGGCUAAUGGAACUUUUGAACCACAAAGCUUUGGCCCUAGUGGCGACAUUGUUCAACAGAUUAAUUAUUCAAACACAAAGUUCAGAGAACAAAAUUAUUUUUCGAAUGAUUUUACUGCAAAUCAGUAUUCACACGCCCCUCAUGUUGGGAGAUCAUCAGCUGGACGUCCUUCUCAUGCUCUGGUAACUUUUGGAUUUGGGGGGAAACUCAUCAUAAUGAAAGAUCCUAGUCUUUUGAGCUCAUCAUAUGGAAACCAGGAUUCUGUACAAGGUUCUGUUUCUGUGUUGAACUUGAUAGAAGUUGCCACUGGAAGUAAGGAUUCUAUGAGCAUUGGAAAUGGUGCCAGUGAUUAUUUCCAUGCUCUGAGCCAGCAAUCUUUCCCAGGUCCAUUGGUUGGUGGGAGUGUUGGAAUUAAGGAACUGUACAAAUGGUUAGAUGAGAGGAUUGCACACUGCGAAUCACCUGACAUGGAUUAUAAGAAAGGUGUUAGGUUGAGACUCCUUCUUUCCUUGCUUAAAAUAGCUUGUCAACAUUAUGGAAAGCUACGUUCUCCUUUUGGUACAGACACCAUACUAAAAGAAACUGAUACUCCCGAGUCGGCAGUUGCAAAGCUUUUUGCAUCUGCUAAGAUGAGUAGCACAGAGUUCCCUCAAUAUGGGAUGCCAAGUCAUUGUUUGCAAAGUUUGCCUUCUGAAGAACAAAUGAAGGCAAUGGCUCUUGAGGUUCAAAAUCUUCUUGUUUCUGGGAAAAAGAAGGAGGCUUUACAAUGUGCUCAAGAAGGACAAUUGUGGGGACCUGCACUUGUUCUUGCUUCACAACUUGGCGAUCAGUUCUAUGUUGAUACAGUGAAGCAAAUGGCACUUCGCCAGCUUGUUGCUGGGUCACCUUUGCGCACAUUAUGUCUUCUAAUUGCUGGGCAACCAGCUGAAGUAUUCUCUACUGAUACCUCAUUUAGUGGGCAUCCUGGUGCUUAUAUGGCUCAACAGUCUUCACAGGUUGGAUCUAAUGGUAUGCUUGAUGAUUGGGAGGAAAAUCUGGCUGUAAUAACUGCAAACAGGACCAAAGGAGAUGAACUUGUAAUUAUUCACCUAGGUGAUUGCUUGUGGAAGGAAAGAAGUGAGAUUACUGCCGCACACAUCUGCUAUUUAGUUGCUGAAGCAAACUUUGAGUUAUACUCAGAUAGUGCAAGAAUCUGUCUUAUAGGAGCAGAUCACUGGAAAUGUCCUCGAACUUAUGCUAGUCCAGAGGCUAUCCAGCGGACUGAGUUAUAUGAAUAUUCAAAGGUGGUUGGAAACUCUCAGUUUACAUUGCAUCCAUUUCAGCCUUAUAAGCUUAUAUAUGCAUAUAUGCUAGCUGAAGUGGGGAAGGUUUCAGAUUCAUUGAAGUAUUGCCAAGCACUACUGAAAUCCUUGAAAACUGGUCGUGCUCCAGAAGUAGAAACAUGGAAACAAUUAGCAUUAUCUCUUGAGGAGAGGAUUAGAACUCACCAACAGGGUGGAUAUGCUGCAAAUUUGGCUCCUGCAAAAUUAGUUGGCAAAUUGCUCAACUUUUUUGAUAGCACUGCACAUCGAGUUGUUGGUGGUUUACCACCGCCUGCUCCAUCGUCAUCGCAAGGAACUGUUCAUGGUAGUGAACAACAUUACCAACACAUGGCACCCAGAGUAUCCUCUAGCCAAUCAACAAUGGCCAUGUCAUCAUUAGUUCCAUCUGCUUCAAUGGAACCCAUAAGUGAGUGGACAGCUGACAAUAAUAGAAUGCCUAAGCCUAAUAGAAGUGUUUCUGAGCCAGAUAUUGGCAGAACCCCAAGACAGGAAACAACGUCACCUGAUUCACAAGGAAAAACACAGGCAUCUGGGGCUACAUCUCGCUUUUCCCGCUUUGGUUUUGGCUCGCAACUUUUGCAAAAGACAGUAGGGCUUGUCUUGAAACCUCGCUCUGGUCGACAGGUAUAAUUAUAUUUUUUAUUUUUUAUUCUUAUUU